CGAAAGUUAUCAUCACGAGAAUGAACUGCGCAGGGUAGUAGUAGCUGACAAUGUACAGUGUUAUUUAAAAGGUGUCUUAUUUUUACUUGGCGAAUACUCAUAACUCACUGAAAUGUCGACAUGGGUGGGAGGGAAAGCAAGCCCAUCUCCCUCUCGUACGAGGAAGCCGUGAAAAGAGUUAGUGAUAGUGAAUUAAGCAGACUCAAGGAUGCCUACAAGAGGACAGCUACUCUCAAUGGGGCCAUCACAAAACAGGCCUUCAUCAGAGAGGUUCUGGGAGAAGGCGUUCCUUUACAGUUAGCUGAGUUAAUAUUUCUGGCAUGUGGAGGAACUGUGAAAGGCAUAACAUUCAAGGAUCUACUAUGCAGUUUGGUUCUUCUGACUCGAGGAAAUCGGGAGGAGAAAGUUAAAUUUAUUUUUGGAGUUUACGCAAAUGAAGCUGGGACACAUGUCGUCAAGAGUGAUAUGCUGCGGCAGUUGCAGCAGACGGAAGGGGGAUACACACCGGAGAUUUUGCAUAAGUGUUUUGGACCAAAUGAACGUGCAACUUACGAAGAAUUCAAAGAUUGGUUAAUAACCUACCCUGAUGCUACAACUGUCACCCGUUGGUUACUUGCUGAGCCUUGUCAUGCAUCUUUAUGCAACGAUUUGGAGACUCCAACAUUCUACCAGACACUUGCUGGAGUAACACAUUUACUGGAACUUGAAAGGUUCCUCACCAACAGGGAAGUUGGAUCCUGAAACUCUUGUUCCUCUCAUUUCCCCGCCUCUGCCUCCAAUGUUGGCCAAAGGAGUUUUUAAUGCCUUCGAUGAAAAUAGGGAUAACCAUAUUGAUUUUAAGGAAAUGGCUUGUGGGAUAUCUGCUGCAUGCCGUGGGCCACUGACAGAAAGGCAGAAGUUCUGCUUUAAGAUAUUUGACCGUGAUAGGGAUGGAAAGUUAUCAAAGGAAGAACUGACAGCAAUGAUUCAAGCACUGUUACUUUUACAUUAUGAAGAACAAGAACAUACAGAUGAUGUGUGCGUUGGCGUAUCCUCAGACGAUGUUGAAAAACUUGUUGGAGAGUUUCUCGAGAAUCACGACCCUCACAAGUCUGGCUUUGUCACCCAAGAGGAGUAUCUCAUGUGGACCCUCCAUAACCCUUUGUCUUCAGCAUUGCUGGAAAUUAUAUUUCAGGUGUGCCAUAUUGUCCUUGGCCUGAAACCUAGCAGUAGAAAUGAAGAGAAAGAAAUUGUUCUUGGAUGGUUGCGAAGAGCAGAGAGCAAAUCUCUUACCAUAGGACAGUUUUGGUAUAUCAUUAAUGAACAGUGGUGGAACCUGUGGUUUGAGUAUGUCAGUCAUCAGGUCUCUGGGGUAGAAAACAGUGCAAUCAGCCCAUCGUCACACAGCAGUUCACCAGCAAAUUCUCAGUAUGGGUCACUCAAAAGAACAAAGUUACAAAAAAAAUCUGCUAAUUCUGAAGGAACAGUUGCUUCAGAUGGAAAUUCGAGUGUGUUGGUGACAAGUAUAAACAGUUUGGGUUUAGCUGACUCUGUCUCUCUGGCAAGUCUGGAAAGCGAGGGCUCAUCUGGGUCUCGUCAGAAUUCGCUUCAGCGUCAUUCACAGGCUGGUUCCAGUCCGAGAAAGAAUUUUAGUUCUGGCAACUUGGCUGUUUAUAAUCAUGAAGCCAGCAGAAGCAGCAGUACGUCGAGUCCAAGUCAUUCACCUCGGUUAACAAGGCGUGCCGCAACUAGUCCAGGGCCUUUGAUAGCGCCAUCAAGACCACCUGCUAUUGACAACUCUCCUCUUGUUGAACCAAAUGCAAAUAAAGUAACAUUGCUGACGGGUGAAGGUGGCCGAUUAAAGCGAAACAUACCCUUAGUUCAGGGUAGAGAUUUCGUAUUAGUUCCUGACUCUCUCUGGAAAGCUUUACAACAGUGGUAUGGGGGUGCUCCAGCUCUACCAAGACAGGUGAUUCAUGGUCGGUCCAGUGGUGAAGUCGAGUUAGAAUUGUAUCCUCUUACACUACGAUUAUUUCGUCAUGUGCAGCAGCAGACUAGAACGCCCAAUAACUCGUGGGUUGGGGUUGUUGGUGGCUAUGGUGCUGCUGCUUUGAAUUCAGCUCCUUAUUAUGUCACAUCAUUACCAAACUCGAGUACAUCAUCACCGAAAAGAUACCUAGCAUACCUUGCUGCGUUUAGUCGUUUAGCAACCCUCCGGCAGGUGUACGAGUACCUUGCAGCCAAGUUGCGGUUAAGAAUAGAGGACAUGAGGCUUUGGUGUGUUCGAGAUGAGCCUGCUGGUAUGAUCCUUUUAGAAGAGGAAGAUACUACCCUGGAAGAUGCGUGUGUUGCUGAUAUGGCUCAGAUUUUAAUUGAAGUUAGAAAUAAAGACUUAACAUGGCCAGAAGAAAUGAGUCAGAUAGCUUCAACUCGAAUGAUGAGAAUACAGUCUAGGCAAGGUUGCAGUGAAAAGGGAGUGACGGGUCUCAGUAAUCUGGGGAACACCUGUUUUUUGAAUGCAGCUCUUCAGUGUUGCUCCAACACCCAUCCUCUCACAACCUAUUUCAUGAAGAACAUGCAUCUGUAUGAGCUUAAUCCAAACAACCCUUGUGGUAUGAAAGGGCACAUGGCUAGACAGUAUGGAUGCCUCAUGCACGAGAUUUGGGGUGGUGGAGCCAAAACUGUAGCACCCCUUAAGUUAAGGUGGACAAUAGGGAAAUACAGCGGUAAUUUUACAGGUUUCCAGCAGCAUGAUUCCCAAGAACUUCUUGCAUUUUUAUUAGAUGGUCUGCACGAAGAUCUAAACAGAGUUCACAAUAAGCCUUACAUUGAACUGAAGGACUCUGAAGGGCGACCGGAUACUUUGGUUGCACAGGAGGCUUGGGAGAACCACAUCCUACGCAACAAAUCCAUCAUUGUAGAUCUCUUUCAUGGACAGCUGAAGAGUAAAGUUACUUGUAAAGUGUGUGCCAAUGAAAGUGUGCGGUUUGAUCCUUUCACCUACUUAACACUACAGUUACCCAUGGAAAGUUUUGUGUACCUAGAAGUCAUAGUCAUCAAACUUGAUGGAAGUGUCCCUGUGAAAUAUGGGCUGAGGUUAAACAGCGAAGGCCGAUAUCUGGAUGUGAAGCAACAGUUAUUUGUUCUCACAGGCAUACCACCACACCAAAUAAUGCUCAGUGAACUUGCAAAUGCUCAGAUAAAGUGUAUACAUAUGGAUGAUGGCAGGGUAAGAUCUGUGUCUGGCACGGUGCUGUUUGGUUACGAGCUCCCCUCACCCUCCUCUUCUCACACCAGUGAGGUUCGAGCAGCAAGCCGUAGUGCUAGAGAUCGUCAUGUCUUCACUCAUAUUCAGCGUUCUACCCACCACAGCUCUCCUUGCUUAACUGAAGGAAUUAGCAGUCCCACCAAGAGUACCGGUACAAAUGAGAGUCAUAUUUCGGGGCCAGGCUUUGGUGUCUUUAGCAGCAAGUCAAGUUUAGUAUCUAGUCAAAUUCAGUCACAACAGGAAUCAUCUGUAAGUAUUCCCAUCCAGUGGAAAGACGGUAGUAGCAGUCUAUCGUCAAACUCCUCUGGACCUGCUUCUUCCACUUCUUCAUCGAUUCAGCAUGACAACGAUCUCUUAAAUACUCAAAAAGGAUUUAUUAUUGCCUUCCACAGAAAAAUGAUGCGGCAAGAGGUAUACUUCUUAUCAUCUCAAAAAACCAGGCCUAGUUUAUUUGGGUUACCCCUCGUUGUUCCAUGCCAUGCAUCAACAACUCGUCAGGACCUAUAUCAGGGUGUAUGGCUGCAAGUUUCUAGAUUAGUGUCACCUUUACCCCCAUCUGAAGCCGCUGGACCAAAUCAUGCUCAUGACUGUGAUGAUAGUCUUGGCUAUGAAUUCCCAUUUGUAUUGCGUGUCGUGGAGAGAGAAGGACUGUUGUGUGCUUGGUGCCCUUGGUACAGAUUUUGCCGUGGAUGUCAGUUACCUUGUGAUGAUGACGUUUUCUUGAUGAAUGCUGCAUUUUUGGCCAUAGAUUGGGAUCCCACUGCUCUUCAUCUUCGUUAUCAGUCAGCUUUGGAAAGGGUCUUCUUAGACCACACCAGUGUGGACGAGAUGAGACGCAAGCAUGUGGAACCGAUUGCAUUAUCAGAUUGUUUAGAAGCAUUUUGUUCAGAAGAGACAUUGGAGUAUUCUUGUGAUAGGUGUAAAAAGCUUCAGCAAGCAGCAAAAAAACUACAAAUUUGGAGACUACCUCCAAUUUUGAUUGUUCAUUUGAAACGGUUUCAAUUUGUGGGCAAUAAAUGGGUGAAGAGCCAGAAGAUUGUUGAUUUCCCGUUGAGAGACUUUGAUCCAAUGGAGUACCUUGCGUCUGUUCCCCGCCAAACCAUACUUCUUCACAAAGCUGAACUUGAGGGCGUGGAUCCUGCAGCAUACUUUGCAAGCCUCCAGGAUCGGGACAACAUUUUUUUGGAAAUGGUGCCGGAAAACAAAAUCAUUGAACAAAUAAAAGGAAAGGAAGAGGAACAGAGUAUAAAAAAUGGGCGGCCUUCUAUGAAUGGCUCUAUAAAUGGUAGCAUAUGUAAUAGUACUGCAAGUCCAUGUCCUGCUACCUCACACGAAGGUUCCAUUAAAGGUGGCGAAUGUGGUAAUCGCAAGAGACGCAUACGCAAUGGUUCUGUUUUAUAUGGGGAUACUUUACAAGAUUUCCACCAACAUCGUCUGGAAGAGGGUUAUGAUCCUUUGGACCUGAAAUACAGUCUCUAUGCAAUUGCUUGUCACACGGGGAUAAUGGAAGGUGGUCAUUACGUUUGUUAUGCUAAGAAUCCACAGGGCAAAUGGAUAUGCUUCAAUGACAGUAGUUGUAAGGAGGUAAGUGAAUCGCAGAUUGACCUCAACUCCGCCUACAUGUUAUUUUACCAACGUGAAGGUAUCAGUGUAGAUAAAUACUUGCCAAAUGUUGAUGGUAAAGUUCCUUACCCGAGUGAAUUAGACGAGGAAAGUGAAGCAGAGUAUAAAAAACAGUGUGUGAUAAUGUAAGUAAAGAAACCUGGAUUUUCUACAAUAGCGUUUCUAAUGGUUUGCCCAAGACUUCCCGUAAGUCAGCAAUGCAAAUAUAAAAAAGUGCUCAUGAUAUGUUGUAUCUCUCUUGUAUAUAAAGGCUCAAUGCUAAUCUUGUCAAAUUUUUGUUGGUCCUGUUGGUCUCAUUUGCAGUUGCUAGGUCUGUUUUUGUGUGUCGUGUUUGCUUUGUAAAAUGUUUCCAACCAACUUGACACAUCAUCAUCAUUAUGCACGGAGGAGUCUUUUUCAGUGUACCAAUAAAUGCUUUUGAGUGAUUCAAACAGUAUUAGGAUGAUAGUAAUUUAAGGGAGAGUCUUAAUCUUUAUUUUUAUAUUUUGGCAAUUGGAAUUUUUUUGGCUCUUGAUUUCUCUUCAAUGUCUCAUUACAGAAAUGUAUUGCAAUUGCAAAUGAUAACAACAUAGAUUGAUUGGUGUCACAAUAUAUUGCAGUCUUUUGAAAUGUUUAAAUUCAAGGGAACAACAAAGGAAGUGAAUAUGGAUUGUAGAAAGGAAACAUAAGGCUGAUACACAUUCACACAGGGAGUUAGCUCUCUCUCUCUCUCUCUCUCUCUCUCUCUCUCUCUCUCUCUCUCUCUCUCUCUCUCUCUCUCUCUUACCUAUGGUGAGUUAGGUCACAGUUAAUAUUGAGAUUAUAUUGAUAAGUUUUUUCACUAUUUAUGUAGAGAAAUAACAUUUAAUCUUUUGUAAAAAUGACAACUGAAGAAAUAAAUGAUACAGCACCUCUUAAAAACCCUAAAAUUUGAAAUUUUACCCAGUCAGCCAUUCUGGUGGAAAAAGUAGGCCAUUCUAAGUUAACAAAAAUGCCAGGAAGUUCAUUGGCAUUUGUUCGCCAGUGCUGGUGUACCACUGUAAUUUAUUGAUUCUGGAAUGGUCGGCUUGCUCCACCUGUGAAAGAAUAAGCUACUGUAAAAUGCAUAGGUUUGUAACCAAACAACUGAAAUUGUGUUAAGAUUAAUUUUUGUACAUCCUUAGUUUUUCUAUUCAUUUUAAAUACCGUUGACUGUAAGUUCAUCAGAGAAUUUAUAAGAUGCUUUAGUUUUUUAGGACAGAAUGAAUUUUCUAGACUCUAUGUAGGACAGAAUGAAUUUUCUAGAUUAAAUUGCUAUAGUAGACUAGGAAUAAACUGAAAAGUAACAUCAUUGUCCUAAAACUGACUUUGGGUAUGACAUGUACAACAUAAACAUAUUGGAAGCUUAUUGAAAUGCCUCCACUGUGAUAUAUGCAAGCUAAUAGCCUCUUGUGGGGUUGAAACAAAGAAUGAGAAAAGGCUCUCAUAGGAGAUAGUAUAUUGUUUCAUCCAUGUGUAUGAAUAUGCAAGUUGUAGAAUAAGAGCAAGUUGUCAGUGUAAGUGAAAGAGACCUUAUUCCCUUUGUCUGCUUAUAUAAUGUCUGGUUAAUUUUCAUGCUUGUUGAGUUUCUGUGUGGAUAUAUAAGUUACAUAGCACUUAUUAUUUACAUAAAGCACCUAAUCAUGUAUAUACAGUGAACUGAAGAGACAUUACUGUACUGUUAAUGUUGAUCAAAAAUAUGUUUAGUAAUGAAACUGUGGAGACAGCAUGAGAAUAGUCGGUGUUGGCUGGUUCCUUUCAUAAUCAAAGUGAGUUGUUGUUCUAGGAGGUUUAAUUUUAUGAGCUACAUUGGCCAGAGUAUUUUUUCAUGCAAGAGUUUGGAACAUUUUCAGGUUGCUUUAAGAUUUCUUUCCAUAGUUCACUCCCAGAAACAAAUUUUGAGUCAGACAUGAGCUGUGAAGGUCAGUGACAGAAUCGUUACAAGUGACUGUCUUUCUGCUAUGUUUGUAAACUUUAUUUAUAUAUAAACUUUAGGUUAUUGAUGAAACUACCUUACAAUGGUUCAGUAAUGUGCAAAAUUGCAGGUUAUUGUUGAAAAUACCUUAAAGUAGUUCUGUAUUGCACUAAAUCACUAAGGGCAAAUGGCAAGCUGUUUUGUUUUUUCAAUUUAACAAAAUACUUUGAUGUGACAAAAAUCUCUUGCUAGGUUGUUAAAGUAUCUUAUUUUGAAGAGUUAUGACUUGGUAAGACAUAAUAAUUAACAUUCCUCUUGUGAUUUAGAAAUGAUACAAGAUAAUUAUAUGUAAACUGACUCUGUACAUGCAGACAGGUCCCUCACAUGUGUAGCAUGUGCUUUUAUCACAAUUUACAGUGUUAGUAUAUAAUUAUUUAACAUCUGAUGGAGGACAUGUUCAUGAUUAUCUGAAAAUUUUGCAGAAAAAAAAGAGGGACUAAUACUGUACCUAACCAAAAGAGCCAAAGAUAGAGUGGACUGAAAUGUAUAUUUUAUAGUGCAAAACUUAAUUUUCAUGUAGGUAUGUGCCAUAAAUGAGAAUGUCUGUGAAUAUGUGGGAAGAAUUAUUUAUAUUACCCUGUCGUGCAAUAUCUUUCAAAGUAAUUAAAUUGGGUGAGUUUUUUGCUUUGAUUUGGUUGUUUUAGAUAAGUUGCUUUGUUAUAUAUAUAAUAUGAAUGCACUCGUUAUAUCAGUCAUGGAUCAGAGAUUAUGUUUUCAGCUAAAACAGUCUUUUCUCCAGGUAUUAUUUUAGUGGAUCAGGUAAUAUAAGUCACCCCCUGUUGCAAAACCAUUUAAUGGCUGCCAUACCUUAUUGAGCUUAGAAUGUUUAGUGUUAACUUUUUCCAUAUUAUAACUAGGAGAAGGAAUACUUUAAUCAUUAUCUGUAGUUUAUUGUUAAGAGAUAUAGUUUGUAUUUUAGUAUAAGAAUGAUUUGAGUUUUAUCCUUGUUUAGGUUUAACUACUUUUUCGUCAUUUUUGACAUCUUCAGGGUUUUGAAAAUGACCUUCUUAAACAUUUUUUUAGACUGUAUGGCUGGAAAUUACCAGGUUGCAAAAUAGCAACCUCUAUUUUGCAACCUUCAACACAUUGCACAAACAUUUAAACAUUCUCAGAAUACAUGUGAUGGGUGAGUUUUCAAGUGCAUUGGAGGGAAAUGGCUGUUUCCCAAUAGCACAUACAUCUCUCCUUCAGUAAAGUUGAGCAGAGGUGGUGUAUUUAAUUAUCUGUUUGUGAGUCUGCAAAAUAUGUCAGAAGAUUAUUGAAGGCUUUCAUUUAAAAUUGAACAAGAAGGCUAUAGUCCAAGGGACGUAAGAUUUGAUUUUGAAGAGUAGCUACUAUUUAAUUAUUCUAUUGCUUUUUAAACCUAAAUUGCUUUAUUUUAAUUCUUUCUUUUUCAUAUUUCCCAGGACUUUGUUGAUGUUAGUGUGCUACAUUACAAUAUGUGUAGGUGUUCUUUGUAGUACCACACACAAAUGCUUGCAACACUGACCACAUUUAGGAUAUAUCAGUUUUCCAGUUAAUCUCUUCUCUUUGUCCAAAUUUUUAGCACUUGAACCACAGUAUGUGGUACCUUAUCAAAGGCUUGGGAGCAUUCAGUAUUUACAUAUGUCCUGUUUUUUUCCUAUGUUUUUCUUUGUAUACUGGAACUUUUCAGGACAUUGUUUACUGUUUUCAAUGUUUAAAGACCACAAUACUUAAAAUCGUUGUCAUCCUGAAUUUAUACAGUAUUCUAUGAUCCUCCUCCUUUCCUUCAGUAUCUGGUACAUUUGUUAUUUUAACCGUAAGUUUGCCAUUUUUCACCAACAAUAAUUUUGAUGUGUGGUUUCUUUUCAUAAUAUUGCUCAUGACUCUGUUAGGAGAUUUUGGCAAGCGUAUUAUUUGUUUUUUCAACUUUUUCUCAUUUGGAAUCCUAUUUUAUCACACACACACACACACACACACACACACAAUGAUAUUUUCCAGUCUUUGCUGCCAUUGUGUUACCAUCCAGUCAGCCACAUACAUUGCCACUAUAUUAUUCAUGAAUUUUUUGUAUUCUUCAUCAGGGGUGAUUAUAUACUAAAUAGCUUCUUCCACACAUUUGAUACAGUGUGUAUAAUACUGUAGCUCACUAGAUUACGUCAGAUUCAUCCAUCUUCCUCUGUCAUCUUACAAAAAUUCCAAGAUUCUUUUGUCAGUCUUUCUUUCUGAUGCUUUCCAUCACUCUUUUCUUCAUAAACUUCACUCUGUGAUUCUGUUCUGGUUUCUGUAUUCUGUACUCUGUCUUUUUGGUAUUUUCAUCUUUUGGACAUGCUGAAUAUUUGAAAGUGUCUUUUCCUUCAAAUGUUAUUUUCUUACCAUCCUUCCAAUUGGCAAUUUUACUUUUGUUCAAAAUUCUUUUUUUCUGCAUACACCCAUCUUCAAUGUUUGUCUGUAAUAAGUUGUUCAUUUUUUUAUUUUUGCCAAGUUUGUUCCUGUUGAUUUUAGAGCACUUUUUACAAAAUUCUACUUAUGCAGAAGUAUAUAUAUAUACAUAAUAGUUUUGUCACUCAUUCACAUGACUUUAUUGUACUCUCAAAUAUGAAGCCACAGAUAUCCUUGGGAGAUGUAGAAUUUUAAAUUAGAUAUACUGAAGGCAGUGUCAAAUUGACCAAGGUUAACUUGCAGAACGGAAAGGGAAUAUAAUAGUCAUUAUUUGAUGUGAUCUGGGUGAAUUUUGGCUCCAUUACUCAUAUACUACAGUAUAUAGUAGUAUGUUUUAUCGUAUGGUAAUUUGACUUGAAUGUCUUGUACAGUUAACACGCAUAUUGUUUUAAAAGUUUUGAGCAUAAAUAGUAAUGUUUAUAGUAUAUGAAUUGCUAAGAACGGUUCACACGAGACUAACUAUACAAAUGAGCAUAGUUACACAUUGUUUCUGAAGAUCUAAUCAUAUAGCACUGAAGUUUAGCUCCAUUGGAUAUGUUAUGUAACAGUGUUAUGUGACAGCUCUCUAUUCAAUAAAGAGACCAGUAUGCACUGAGAGGUAAUCUUUGAAUGUAGUGCACUAAAUCAUUAUGAACAGCAUUUUUGAACAUGUAGCUUUCAUAUAAUCUUAGAUAUUCUUCAUUAUGAACAAUUAUUUACAUUUGAAAUAGCUUUAAAAGACCACAGUUUAACACAUUUUAUUGUAGAGUUACCUUGAAUGUUGGAAGAAAAGUGAAUUAACAAGUAUCCCGUACCAGGUACACUGCUUUGUUUUGUGUAACUGUAAAAAAAUAGUCCUGACUUCCAACCCUAACACAGCAGUAUUUGCCCAUUGUUUGCUUUGUAUUACCAGAGCUCUUAAGUUUGUGCAUUUCUUUAGUCUUUUUCACUGUUCCUAAAGGAGGAAGCAUGUGGUGUAUGCUUUUCCUGUUGUUCACAUGCUUCAUGUAUUGAAAAUUGUGUUUUUUUCAGUCGAUAUUGUUGAGCCGUUUGCAUUACAAACGCAAAUUCAAGCACUGUGUGUAGGCUUUCAAAUUAAUGUUCAUAUCCAGUGCCUCCAUUCUUCAUCUUAAUAGCAGAGUAAGAGCUUUAAUUAAAAUUCCUGCUGCCAUGCUGCUAAAGCAGUCUGCAAAUACAUAUCAGUGCAUUGCAGUUGUUCAGCAGGUAUAAAUAAACUGACGGCUUCAAAGUUUUCGGAAUAGUAGGCCAGUGGUGCUUAUUUUAGAUGGUUGUAGCAUUUCUGAGUGAAAUAUUUUAAUUAAAGAGGUGGCAGAGGAGGUUUGUUGCAUCCUGAGAACACCAAACAAUUGACUGUGUUGUCCUUUUAUAUUGACUUAGUAUUCACACUUCAAUCCAUGCAUUGUUACUGCUGUUAAGCAUUCUUUACAUGCGCAUUAUGCUGCUAACAAUAAGAAGCCUCUUCUUGAAUAUGUACUAUUUAAGUGUGUUAGCUAUGAAAUCGUGUGCCACCAAUUUAUAGAACACCUUCAACCCCCCAAGAAGCAAGAGCCAUCAUUGCUGUUGACUACUGCCCAACUCAUCCCUCAGAGGAGGAGCUGAUGACAAUACUAUGGUUGUUUUGUUUUCAGUGUUUGGCUGUGGCACUGAUAGCUCUUGAGGUUGGUGUGAAUGCAGAGAACUUUGAAGAAUUGAGAUUAUCAGAACAAUAUCAGACUUGUUCAACACUGCAGUUUUGCAGAUGAAAGUAUCCAGUAGACUUGUCUAAGAAAGAUUCCAGCUGAAUGCUCACCAUGGGUAGAAUUGUUAGACUAGUAAUAAUGGAUUGGAGGAAUGCAAAGAGGCUCUAGGACCUAUGACAUCCGCCUUUAACAAAGGAAUAUUGAGUAUGGCAAGUCUUGUCCCUGGACCAAUUUGGUAAUAAUGGAUCAGAGGAAUGCAAAGAGGCUCUAGGACCUAGGACAUAAGCCUUUAAUAAAGGAAGAUUGAGUAUGAACAAAUGCCAUUGUAAUAACAUUAAUGCAUUUGUUGUCUGCUCAGUUUUCUUUAGGUGUCACACUCAAGGGGAAGCAGGUGAAGAACUUCAAAUUAGGACACUUAAAAUAAACAGGCAUGGCACCUCUAAGACUCAUCUCGUAGGCCUCAGAAUUGCCACACAAGUUUGCUGAUCAAUUAAACUUAUGUUGGUCAUCUCCAUUAUUAUGUUGCUGGCCUUCAUUUAACCACAACCUACUAUAAAGUUUCUUGACUUGCAGGUUACUCAUGUCUGUGUAUCACAGCAAUUUUUCUCGGGAAAUUUACUCAUAAUCUUCUUUGUCGUUGGUAGAGCAAAUGGGGGCACACUGUGUAGUAAUAUUUAAUUUCAGUUUUUUGUCUAGACAAGGAUUAGAUAACACUUCAGAGUUAUGUGAUAUGUUUAGCUACAUUUUAUCAUAAUUACUGAUUCUUGUAUUCAUUACUCAUUGGUUUUUGGCAAAGGUCGUAUGAAGUUUUCCAUGCUUGUAUAAUGUAAUGUAAUAAAGUCAGAUGUAUAUUGUCAUGGCAGUCAGUUAAAACAUGACAUUUUAAAGCAAUUCCAAAAUAUUGAUAGUUAGGUACAUUUAAAUUCACUAGCAUAGUGAACUUGGGUGGCCUGAAUCAUCCAGAUGUGAAGCUAGCAGCACUGGGAGUUUUCUUUGUCAACAAAAACCUGCUUAUAUAUUCUGAGGUCACAAAAACUCAGGUGAAUAUCAGAAUUUUAUGAAAGAAUUAAAUAUUUGUAGAUUAAUACUACUGUAGCACACAGUUUAUGAUCAUUGUGUUUAUAGCCUACCCUGACUCUCCCAAGUCAUUCAGGUACUAUAGUGUUAGGUUUCAGCAUAUAUAUCAGUUGUAAUUAAACUAUGCAAUUAGCAUCAUCAUACACAGUUUUGAGAUGCGUUUCAUCAUCUUCUAUAUGUUUGUGUUUUCUGGUGGUUUAUGAGAUAAUAGAAAGGGUUGUCUGCAAGCCAAAGGUUAUUGAUGUAAAUCUCAACUGAAGUGUGAGAUUUUUACUUAGUUUGCAGGUUAUUGAAAUUGGAAAUUUGUAAUGUUUUUGAGAUACCCAGUUCUGUAACUACCACUUAUUCAGGACCACUUAGAAUAGUGAUUUUGGCUUCACAUAUCCAUAACUUUUUUACACCUUAAUACGUACUUGAAUUUGGCAGUUAAAAUGGGUAGCUUACUGGGUAAAAAUGUCACCUGAGUUAGGUAGAAACAUUGAAAUAAGUUUUGGUGGGAGUAAAAAUUUUCACUCUUUUACUGAAUAUUGCUUAGACAGAACAAGUGAAUUUUCAUUUAUGUAGUUGUUUGCAUUUUAAAAAGAAAAAAAGGCAUGUCAAAACUCACAUGAACUGCACUGUAGUGUGUGAAAGAAUAAAAUUUUAAAAAUAAAAUAUUCAGUAGGUAGAACCAAAAAUGAUAAAAUGAUGCUUAGUAGUGGGUCAAUAGAUUCCCUCUCUAUUGAACUUUUCCCAGAUAAGAACUUUUUUUGGGGGGUGGGUGGGGGGCAAGAGUAGUUAGGCCUAUUUAAAGAGAAGACAUUAAAUGAUGUGAGACACAAGCUCAAGUAAUAGAUGUUUAAACAAAUAACCCAAACCAUCAUUUCACUUUGCAAGUUAUGGAAGAUGUUUGUGGAUGUUGAUAGAGGGAAAAGUAAUUCACCCAUGCUAUAUACAAUGCUUUGUUAUUUUUUUAUGAAAGGUAUAUUCAAGCUUGUUUUCACUCUUUUAGUUAAUGAUGUUGUUUUGUUAAGACACUUUGACAGAUGUGAAUACUUCAGUAAUACAACAGUGAUAAUACUGUAGUAGCAAUAUUAAGUGCUGUUGUCAUGAUACACUACUAGUAAUAGCACUAAUUAUACUUAUACUAUUAUCAUUGUAAAACAGUAAGCUUCAAAUGCAACACUACUACAGAUGCAAAAAUGCCUAACCAUAUGUAACUAAGUUGUUUACCUGCAUGUAAUAUUUUUAUCAAAUAACUUGUUGAAAUAUUAACUAAAUAUAACUGUAGGAAAUUUUUCCAUAUUAGAUGGUCAUUGCAAUAUAAACAUUACUCAUUAUGAGCAUAAUAGUGUUUUGCAAACGGAUAUCAUACUUAUUCUUAUAUUGCAAUCACCAUCAUCAAGGCAAGAAUUUAUACACUAGAAAGUUUUUUUUGGAAAACAAGUUAUAUACCGGGUAUCUAUUUUAUUUCUCUUCUCUCGCAAGUUUUAUGGAAUUGAAAUCAGACCUUUAUACUGACCACGAGUGUAUUCAUAUUGAAUACAGUAAUAAGAAUUUUUUAAUACCUCAUAAGUUUUUUUUUUUUUUUUUUUUUUGCCUUUCAAGGAGUACAUGUUUGCUUACUUUGUGAAUAGACGUGAUUAUUGGACAUUAUAGAUGUUGGCAUGGAUUGUGUGAUAAUGAAGAAGCUUGCUUGUAAACACAGUUGCACCAGUUACAGUUAGCUGGGUUCCAUUUCCUUGAUUGUGAUAUGAUAUUUUUAAGAUGUCUGUAAUUUAUAUAUUACAUACUCAUAAUGUACAUUAUCAUUACAUUUAUUACCAUAUAUCAGAUUUUUUUCUAUUAAUAUUUGAAUUUAUAGAUAUAUUGUAAAUUUUUGUGUAUUCUGUUAUCUUGCUCUAAAUUUUUGUAAUUCAAGGCAGGAGGCCUCCUGCUGUAUAUUGUAUUACUGUUAACUGUUAUGUACAAAAUAUAAUGGCCAUGUAUCUGU